CCUACUUUGUAAUUGGAACUAUCGUAGUACAGUAUCGUCAGGGCCCCAUAUUCCAGCCUCCCGAACGUAUCACGCGCAACUUGAGUAGCCGUGAAAGCUCUAUAGCCUACUAUCCUCCGGUUCAUAGCCUCUCAGUACUUAAUAAGUUUAGAAGUCCGUCUGUAAUAUAAAGCCUGAUUCGGACCUCGUGAGAUUACAAGGACGUGAGAGUUUGUUCAUCUACCCUCUAUAUAAAGAUUACAAAUGGUUCGGCGGGGGCUUACAAGGGUAUGCGAGGCAUUGUAUUUGGAGGCCGUAUAUCUGGAAAGUAUGAAUAAGUAGCUCUCGCUCUCAGUCAGCUUCAACUCAAACUCAGAAUUGUACAUCCCCUUAUUCACAAUAUCAACAACAAAGCGACCGCAUACUCAAGUCUCUCUGUCGAAAUGACGAAGUCCAUCAUCCUAUACAGCCAUCCCUCUGGGCCAAACCCUUGGAAGGUUGCUAUCAUCCUUGAGGAGCUCGCUAUUCUCUACGAGACGUCGUGGGUGGCCAAGGAGGAUGUCAAAAAAGAGCCGUUCGUGUUGAAGAACCCCAAUGGACGAGUCCCAGCCAUCGAGGACCCAAACACUGGCGUCACGCUCUUCGAGUCUGGUGCUAUAAUCCAAUAUCUUAUCGACACAUACGACAAGACAAACAAGCUCGCAUACACCAAUAUCCCCGAGAAAUACCUCACCGUCUCCUGGCUGCAUGUCCAGAUGAGCGGCCAGGGCCCCUACUUUGGUCAAGCUGCCUGGUUCCAAUGGUCACACCCGGAAAAGGAUUUGACUUCUGCGAUUGAUCGCUACACCAACGAAAUCAAGCGCCUUGUUGGGGUCAUAGACCGUCAUCUGAAGGACACUGGGGCGCAGUAUCUUGUCGGCAAUAAGUGCACAUACGCCGAUUUGGCUUUUGUCAUGUGGGACCAGCUCAUACCACAGCUUGUAAGUGGAUGGGACUUCAAGACUGAAGUGCCGUACUUUGCAGCCUGGAAUGACAGAAUCGUGGCUAGACCCGCAGUGCAGAAGGUUCUGGCGGAUAAGGCUAAGGCCACGUCUCAUUGAUUGUAUUUCUUCAAGAGACCUAACACGUCCAGAGCACGAAAGACGAAGCUGAUAGUAGGCUAUUGGAUGUGGAAAAUGUAGCCUGAAGCACUUUAGCGAUCAUGCAAAUUUGACUGUGAAUGCGUAACGGAAAGUGCAUCAAACUUCCACUUUUGGGUCCUAUAAGCACACGUUCGUAUUGCAGAAAGUAUCUUUUUAAUUCAAGG